AUGUUUGGGUUUCUGUUUUCUUCCCCUCUUGCAUGUGCAAUAUUUAAUUUCAAUUCACUCCAGGGAGAGAUUGGGAAUGUUACUCUAAACAUCCCUGCCUAUAAUCUUUGGAGGCUUAUUAUCACAUCUGAGACUCUUCAUUGGGGAAGUGUUGGAUAUGUGCACCUCUCAAAGCUAUAUAUUGAAGUAUUCUAUCUAAUUCAAUAUGUGAUUGGAAAUUCAAAGAUUAGUAUUUUUUUUAACUCAGAUUUUGGGAAAGCUGAGGAGGUAAAGGAAGGUCAUGUUAGAAAUAUAUUUAUUCAUGACAGGAGAGGGUUCGCAGUACAAAAAUAUGAGAAACAUUGGGGCAUGGUAGAGCAUCAGAACCAAUUUGAAUUUGCAGGAUGGAGCAGCCAAGUUAUUGGCUAUGUGGAAGCAGGGUUUGGGGCCCAACACACUGCACUGUGGACUUGGCACAUACAGAUAUCAGAAAAAUUGCCACUGUGA